GUAGAACCAUCAUCGAGAUUCCACAACCAUCAUCCAUCAACUACAGUCUGUGUCUGUCUGCUUAGAUCUUGCUGAUUCUGAUCCCCCUUGCUCUCCUCAAAGACCACACUACUAGAAGAUGCUCAGCUCCUCAGCCAUCCGUACUACUGCUAAGCGCUCAAUUGCCUUGAGACGUUCAAUUGCAACUGGCCAUGGUAAAACUCAAUACACUUCAUUGAAAAAUGGUGUCACCGUUGCCACUGAAGCCAACUCAGAUGCCAAAUCAGCCACUUUAGGUUUAUACUUUGGUGCUGGUUCCACCGCUGAAAACCCAUACAACAAUGGUGUUUCCACUUUAUUGAACAAAGUUAUUGUUAACGAAAACCAAACUGAAGCUUUAACCAACGGUUUCAAAUUAGGUGCUGAAACCUCAAGAGAUUUCGUUGCUUACCACACUCAAGGUUUGAAACAAUCAUUACCAAAAGCUUUAGAUUUAUUAAAUGCUAAAGUUGCUCAAGCUGAAUUCAAAGCUGAUUCAGUUUUAAAACAACGUGAAAUUGCUGCUAAAGAAGCUGAAUAUUUCGAAGAAAACAACCAUGCUGGUAGAGUCUUACAACAUUUACAUGCCACUGCUUUCCAAAACACUCCAUUAGCUUUACCAACCAUUGGUACUGUUGAAACUUUAUCAAGUCUUGUAGACUAUGAUUUAACUUCAUUCCACAAAAAGCAGUACGUUGCUUCAAAUGCUGUUGUUGUUGCUACUGGUGAUGUUAACCAUCAAGAAAUUGUUGAUUUAGUUGAAAAGAAAUUAAACAUUCAAGCUGGUGAAGCUCCAGAAAUCAGAAAACCACAAUUCUUGGGUUCAGAAGUUAGAUUAAGAGAUGAUACUUUACCAAAAGCUUGGAUUUCUAUUGCUCAAAAGGGUGAAGCUUUAAACUCUCCACAUUACUACACUGCUAAAGUUGCUGCUCAAAUCUUUGGUGACUACAACUACCAUGAACCAAUCUCAAGACACUUGGGUGUUAAAUUAACUGGUAUUGUUAACGAAAACCAUUUGGCUGAUACCUGGAACCAUUUCUCAUUAUCAUACAAAGAUGCUGGUUUAUGGGGUUUCCAAACUCAAAUCUCAAACAUUGAUCAAAUUGAUGAUUUAGUUCAUUUCACUUUAAGAGAAUGGAACAGAUUAACCAUCUCAAUCAGUGAAACCGAAGUUGCUAGAGGUAAACAAUUAUUGAAAAACAACAUCUUGUUUGAAUUAUCAUCUCCAUUAGCUGUCGCCAACGAUAUUGGUGCUAAAGUUAUUGCUCAAGGUAGAAGACCAUCAGCUGAAGAAAUCUUUGCUCAAAUUGAUAAAGUUAACGUUGCUUCAAUUAAAGCUUGGGCUGGUGAAAAAUUAUGGGAUCAAGAUGUUGUUGUUGCUGGUACUGGUCAAAUCGAAGAUUUACUCGAUUACAACAGAAUCAGAAACGAUACUUCAAUGUUGAGAUGGUAGAUUUAAUCAUAAAAUAUCAUGGGAAUAAUAAAGACAGGAAUCAAAAAUUAAGACAAAAAAAAUAAAAAAAGUUACUUAUAAUAUUCUAAUAUUCAAAUCUGUAAUUACAAUCCAACAAGAUAUACAAGAUAAAAUCAAUCAGCAAUAUAAAAAAAACAUUUAAACAAAACAUCAUCAAGGUAUUAUCAUGUUCUCCAUAACUUGUGUGAUUUAUCAUUUUCAUCAAUUAUAAACUAUUUAUGUGUGUUCUUUUUAUUAUUUUGGGGGAGAUUUAGACGGAGUUUGUUACAAUUUAUUGAAAAAGAAAUGAAGUAACGUUUGUAUAUAAUACAUUUAUUCAAGAAACAAAUUCUAAUUUUAUUCUCCAAUAUAAUUCAAGAACCUUUUGAAACGUCGAAGUCAUUUUUUUUUAUAUUAUUAUCAAAUUUUUUCCAUAUGCAAAC